CUAAAUGAAUUUUGUAAUGUUUAAGGGGUCAUCAAUGAGCUGAGUUUUCAUGGAAGCCUCGGGUGUUGGGUUAUGCCGAGGAGGGAAGUGUUGCUUCGAUUCAUGGAGUCGUGCGAGGAUGGGAGGCAUCUUGCUUCACUGCACUCGCUUUUGCUGAAAACGGGGGUUGCCCAUGAUCGUCACUACGCCACCAAGCUCACCACUUAUUAUGCCAAGUCCGCGUCCGUUGAAAGUGCCCGGAAGCUGUUCGAUGAAUUGCCUCAGAGAAGUGUCUAUCUCUGGAACUCUGUCCUCGGGAGCUACUGUAGAGAUAGGCAGUACGAGCAGACGCUGCGUCUCUUCAAGCAAAUGGUAUCGAACGGAAAGAGCGCCGAAGGAAAGCCCGACAACUACACCGUUCCAGUCGCCUUAAAGGCGUGCGCAGGGUUACGAGUGCUAGAAUAUGGCGAGAUGGUUCAUGGGUAUGUGAAGAAGAGUGGGGAGGUUGAUAUGGAUAUGUUCGUGGGGUCUGCUUUGAUCGACUUGUACUCCAAAUGUGGGCAAAUGGGUAGUGCCUUGAAAGUGUUUAGAGAGUUUCCGAGUCCAGAUGUUGUUAUGUGCACCUCUAUGAUUACUGGGUUGGAGCACAAUGGUUCUCCUGUUGAAGCUCUGCAGCUUUUCACUCAAAUGGCGAAGACUGGGGGUUUUGUUGCUGACCCAGUAAGUCUCAUAACUGCCAUCUCAGCUUGUACACAGUUGUUGUAUCUUAAGGUUGGAAGCUCUGUGCACGGUUUUAUGUAUCGGAUGGGUUUUGAUGCCAACUUGUCUCUUCUUAACUCAGUCUUGAACUUGUACGCAAAGACUGGUUCCAUCCGUUUGGCCAUGAAUUUGUUUAGGAAGAUGCCAAGGACAGACGUUAUCUCGUGGAGCUCCAUAAUCGCUUGUUAUGUUUGCAAAGGAGCUACCAAUGAGGCGUUAGACCUUUUCAAUGAAAUGAUCGAGAAGGGUUACAAACCAAAUGAAGUUAGUGUGGUUGGUGCUUUACAAGCUUGUGCUGCAGGAUGCAACUUGGAAGAGGGUAAGAAAAUCCAUGCACUUGCUUCAGAGAAAAAAAUAGAGCUAAAUGUAUCAGUUUCAACUGCUAUUGUUGACAUGUACAUGAAGUGCUCAUCUCCUGAUGAAGCGUUUGAUCUCUUCCUUAGAAUGCCCAACAAAGAUGUUGUUGCUUGGGUCACUCUGUUGAGUGGGUGUGCUGAAAAUGGAAUGGCAUAUGAGUCCAUGGAUGUUUUCCGCAACAUGCUAGCCAGUGAAAUCAUUCCUGAUGCUGUUGCUAUUGUCAAAAUCCUUGCAGCUUGCUCUGAAUUGGGAAUUCUCCAGCAAGCCAUUUGUCUUCAUGGUUACUUAAUUAUAAGUGGCUUCGGCGAUAACAUGUACGUCGGAGCUACUCUUUUAGAAUUGUACUCAAAAUGUGGUAGCUUGGACAAUGCGAUCAAAGUUUUCAAUGGCAUGUGUGAGAAAGACGUUGUCAUCUGGAGUUCGAUGAUUGCUGGUUAUGGAAUUCACGGGCAAGGGAAAGAAGCUUUGAGACUAUUCUACCAGAUGACGAGAAAUUCAUCAGUGCAGCCAAAUAACGUGACAUUCCUCUCCUUGUUAUCUGCUUGCAGCCAUUCGGGUUUGAUUGAAGAAGGAAUAGAAAUGUUUAACAAGAUGGUACACAAGUACCAUCUGAAGCCUGAUUCAGAGCAUUAUAGUAUAGUUGUCGAUCUUCUUGGUCGCAUUGGACAGUUGGAUAAGGCCAUAGAUGUUAUUGAGAUGAUGCCAACUCUGGCUGGUUCUCAUGUUUGGGGAGCUUUGCUUGGUGCUUGCAGGAUUCAUGAUGAUAUUGAGAUGGGGGAGCUUGCAGCAAGACAUCUUCUCCAUCUGGAUCCUGAUCAUGCUGGUUACUAUGUUCUGUUGUCAAACAUAUAUGCUAUGUACGGGAAGUGGGAUGAUAUGUCAAAAGUUAGAAGUCUGAUUAAGGAGAAGAAGUUAAAGAAGGCAUUUGGGCAAAGUGUCAUUGAGGUGAAGAAUAAGACGCACACCUUUGUGGUUGAUGAUAGAGCCCACCAGGAUUCUUGGAAAAUUUUUGAACUGCUGAGGAACUUGGAAAUGAGAAUGACAGAGGAAGCUUAUGUUCCCAACGUGGAAGUUCAAUUGAAUGGCACGGAGGAAUUCUGCUAAGAAAGUAAAACACACUCGGUUUUGAUAGACAUCUCGAUGCUAUUCUCGCAGCUAUUCCAGAUAAUUGCCCUAAGGCAUCAAGUUUUGCAGUGCGCAUGACAACAUCCACUUCAGAUUGGCCUUCUAUCUAGUCUGGAUGCAAGGCGACUAGACUUGCAGUCCCUUCACAGUUUCUCUACUAAUUCAGUUGUCCAAGCAUUCAAUUCUGAGUUCACUUCAGAAUGGUUUCAGACUUUCAGUCACAAGAUGAUGGUUGCUGAUGUGCCCUUCAGCUGGACCUCAGGUAGAUUGCAAUGAUCCGUGCCUCGGGCCUUUUGCAAAUCGCGGAACCAUCACUACAUACAGGAUUUUGGUCUAUAGAGCCUAGAAUGGCUCUCUUUUGAAUACUUAGUUCCCUGUAGAAACUCCUUUGUCCAAUCUUUUUCCAGUCUCGGAUGUUGGUUUCGGUCUGCAGGAUUAGUGAUGAAUCGAUUGCCUCCUACUGAUUGCCUCGGAAACAGCCAGGAGUGCUUUUCAAGCAUUUCUUUUGAAACCAGAUGUUGUUCUCUUCCCGCGGGUCUUCAGCUCUCGCUGGUUUCUGAUGUCAAGAAUCCCGACGCAACUUUGUCUCUUUAGGUGCCAAUUCACGGAGACUGGAUCUUAACUCGCUGAAAGUACAGUAUUUUUGGAGUCCAAGCAUAAGAGAGAUCGAGACAUCGAUUGCGCUAUCAUCUUCAGUCUUCCAUUCUAAGUCGUGUAUUAUGGGCAUGAUUAGAUAUGCCAUCUGUACUACUGUAUGUGCACCAUGCUGUCAAUUUUUGGCUGUUAAAACGGUCAGCAUUCACUUAGUCCACAUCAUUUAGAGAUGCUGAUCUCAUACACUCCGUUGUACCAAUUUUUCUUCUGGAUUCUACGGAGACAUUAUGUGCUUCAGGUUA